AUGACCACGUCAACCACAACGCCAGUAACUCUAUCUUCACGAGUGAUACUUGAUGAGGGUAUUUGUGCAACUGCGACAUGGGCUCAAAACGGCCGAACUGUGGCUGAUGUUAUCGGCAGCGGAUCAGAAUUCAAUCAGCUAGAUGGACCAUUUGGAUUAUUUGUUGAUGAGCAUCAAACUAUUUAUGUGACAGACCGCUAUAAUAAUCGUGUGAUGAAAUGGGAGCGUGAAAUGGGAGUUUCGAGUGAUCGGUUAGCUGCAGGUGGAAAACGACAGGAACCCGUGAUGUUCAAUUGA